UGAAACUUUUUUUUGAAUAAAAUGUCUUCUCCGACAAAAAGAACAGUCAUGGAGUAUUUUUGGUCAAAAAGCAGUCGUGGAUUGUGAAAAAGGACGCCAUUUUUUUCCUUUUUUUUCUUUUCGUAAAUGCUCUUUGAGCUAGGCCUUGUAUUCUGAAACGACGCAUCACUGGGAACAGCCCCGGGUCUUCUUCCCCAAACUAGAACCAAAGUGCAAUUCUCUCAAGGUCGCCAAAAAUGGCGGCCACCAAGCACAAAGCUCCCGCGCGGAGCUUGGAGAAAAUGAACUCGAGGGUUUGGCUCUUUUCGCUUCUACUUACUCUGCAAUACGGAGCUCAGCCCCUGAUCUCCAAACGCUGCACCAGAAGAGAAGUGAUCGUAACGUCGUCUGUUCUGACAUGCGAGAUAGCCAAAGUUGUAUGUGCCCUAAUUUUCAUGGCAAGAGACGGUAGCUUGAAGAAAGUGUACAAAGAGUGGACUUUGGUUGGUGCCUUAACUGCUUCGGGCCUUCCCGCUGCCAUUUAUGCACUGCAAAAUAGUUUGCUUCAGAUUUCUUACAAGAACCUUGAUUCACUUACCUUCUCAAUGCUCAACCAGACUAAAAUUAUUUUUACUGCUCUCUUUACAUAUUUGAUACUGAGGCAGAAGCAAUCAAUCCAACAAAUUGGGGCUCUCUUCUUGUUGAUUCUGGCAGCUGUUCUUUUAAGUUUUGGUGAAGGCUCCAAAAAAGGGUCUAGUGCUAGCAAUUCUGACCAAAUAUUGUUUAAUGGGAUUAUUCCCGUCAUGGUUGCCUCUGUACUCUCAGGUUUGGCAUCCACUUUGUGUCAAUGGGCAUCCCAGGUUAAGAAACACUCAUCAUACUUGAUGACUGUAGAGAUGUCUAUUGUGGGAAGUUUAUGCCUGUUGGCUAGUACCUUUAAGUCUCCAGAUGGAGAAGCUAUUGCAAAGCAUGGCCUUUUUUAUGGAUGGACUCCAAUGACUUGGAUCCCAGUCAUGUCCAAUGCCCUUGGUGGAAUUCUUGUUGGUCUAGUCACAAGCUAUGCCGGUGGCGUUAAAAAGGGUUUUGUCAUUGUUUCUGCACUUCUUGUUACGGCUUUGUUGCAGUUCAUUUUUGAAGGGAAACCACCUUCAUUGUAUUGUCUCGUAGCUCUUCCUCUUGUGGUUAGCAGCAUUUCGAUAUACCAGAAGUAUCCAUACCGAGUUAAAAGGAAAGAACUGUAAAUCCUAUCGCAACAUCGGCGGAGUUGUUUUAGCCCUUAUCACUAAGGGCUUUAAAUGGUUGGACUUAUUGGAACUGGUAGAUGCCAAGAUGGCAGAGAGUAUGGAAAUUUAUUAUAUUUUACCUCCUAGUUAAGGAAUGUAAUCGCGCAUUGUAUGUAGCUUAAACAUUUGAAUGGGGUCUUUAA